GAAAAGAAAAACCCUAGUUGCACACCAAAAAUCGAAUAAGUACAGUGAAACUGCCGUAGUGAGCAUAUCGCUUGCAAGAGAAAGAAGAGAAUGGCGGAGGAGGCGAAAGCGGUGCCGGAGGCGGAAGAGCUUCCCAGGACUAUCGUGCGCCGCAUCGUGAAGGAUAAGCUAUCCCGAUGCUCCGAAGACGGAGACAUAUCCGUCAACAAAGACGCACUUCUUGCAUUCUCUGAAAGCGCCAGGAUCUUUAUCCACUACAUUUCCGCAACAGCUAAUGACAUUUGUAAGGAGUCAAAGAGGCAGAUAGUCAAUGCUGAUGAUAUUUUCAAAGCUCUUGAAGAAACUGACUUCUCUGAGUUUAUCCGCCCUCUUAAAGCUUCUCUUGAAGACUUCAGGAAGAAGAAUGCUGGGAAGAAAGCAGCAGUGUCAAAAGAAAAGGAAAGUGAGAAGAACAAGAAAAGGAAGGUGGAAGGGGAGCCAUCUGGUAAAGUCAAAUCUGAUAAUGGGGAGUCACCCGAGAAAGGGGAUAGUGGUGAUGCCGAAUGAGGCCAAAGGAAUGAAGGCAGUUGCAUUUGUCAUGACAGAGACAGGGGACUUGUUUAACAUAGUAUUUCAUUUUGUUGUUCGGAUGAUAUGCAUGACUGCUUGAUUCACGCAUGCAAACUGCUCUCAGAUCUGUGUCACAAUUGUAGCUUAUUGUUUGUAGAAUACAAGAAUGUUUCCCCCUCGUCCCUGUUUACUUGGUGAAAGCCUUGCUGAACUGGCAUACUUUUAGAGAAAGAAUGUGAACGUUGAAGACAAAAUGGAAAAUGCUGUGUAACAACUAACAGCACAAACUUGCCAUUCAAAUAUGUGAAAUUAUGAGAUGGAUAUUAGCAGUUA